AUGCGAAUAGGAUGGUUUUUCAUGCUGGCGUUGAAGCCGCUGGCACUAACCUUACUUCUGCCCCCAACAAUUCCCCUUCCUUCACACCUCACCAAUUUUAGAUCGACAUCUCGGCCGCGCCCCUGCUCCCGUACUCGCCCGCGUGCGCCGCCGCCGCCAUCCCCGGCUGCGCAUGGGUCCCCGGCCAGCCCUCGCCCCGCGAGCUCCGCCGCGCGUCGCGUCGUCAUCCUGUCCUGCGGUGCCGCACGGCUCGUCGUCCUCGCGUCCCCUGCGCCGCACCGGUGCCUCGUCCCCGGCGGCCUCCCCGACGCGACACCUGCCCCCGCCGCCCCGACUCAUCGUCCUCGGCCGUCCCUGACCCUUGAGGUCGUCCCCCGCCGUCCCCUCGAGGUCGUUGGAGGCCAAAUCCCGGAGAGCCUCAUGGAGGCCACGUCGGGGGCAAUCGGCGCGCUCAGCAGCACCAUCAUGCUCUACCCGCUCGACAUGUGCAAGCCCAAGCUCCAGGCCGAGCUCCAAACGCACCAGGGCAUGCACAAGUACAGGUGAUCAGAGGAUGGAAGGAUGCAGUUUCUUGAUAAACUGAACUUGUGUAGCAAGAACGGGCAGAAACAAAAAGGGCGAGAGAGUGCAUUACAGGAAUAUGGAUGAAUUUCACAUCAAUGAGCACAAUUCUUACCGAAAUGCUUUUCCAUACUAAUUUUAGUAUAUGUCAGUGGUCUUUUA